AUGCUUGUAGAGGAUGGAGGUGUCUGUGUUCGUGCUCUGGUCCAGCAGUAUGAGAGAGAACCGGCUGACGAUCCUGACACAACACCAAGCAGUUCCCCCAGAGCCCCGCCUACUAGCCAAUCAGACAACAGAGAGCCGGAGGAAAGCCAACCAGAGAGAAGCAGUAAGAGAGAGAUGGUGGAGCCAGGUUGGGAGAGUCCUCUGACUGGGAGUCUGGAGAGAGAGAUGCAGGAGACACGGAGAAUGGUGUCAGCUCUACAGGCCCUGUUACUUCAUGGGUCUCUGCCAGAGGAUGAGCAGGAGAAGCUGAGUCUGACUCUGGGAGAAGACAACGCUGAACAACAACUGGUGGUAACUCGUAGUCGUCUAGAACAGAGUAUGGAGGAGGCUCAGGAGCUAAAGAGAGAGCUGCUGCGUUGUAAACAGGAGGUACGGAACCUGGAGGGAGUCAAGGAGGCACAGCAGCAGAGAUUGUCUGUCCAGGAGGAGUGUGUGUUGCAGCUGAAACAGGAGCAGCUCAGAUCCAGCAUGACCCAGGACCAACUCACCAGCCUCAACGCGGAGCUACAGAGGAAGUUGGACGAGAGGAGCAGGAUGCUGAGUGAGUGCAAGAAGGAACUUGGACAGAAGGACAGACUGCUGAAGGAGAACCAGCUGCAGAAGGCUGGCUUGCAGAGAGAGCUGGAGUGUAAAGACAACAUGUUGCAGGAGAUGAUGAGUCGUCAUGGUGACCAGGCCCCGCCCCACCUUACAGGCCACACCCCCCUUCCCUCUGGGGCUGAGGAGCUGCAGCUGGUGCGGUCAGCGUUGAGGAGUCUUAGAGGAGAGUUCGGAGAGCAGGAUCCUCAACACCACACUCUGGAUACUCUGGAGCAGGGCAUCACAUCACUGACUGACAGACUGGUUCACACACACCAGGGGAGAGGAAAGUCUUCAGGACACAACAGCGUCACACACAACCAGCACGCCUCCUGGCCUCCUAACAAGAUGGCCCACUCCUACAGUAGUCCGGUGCUGAGCUUGUGUGGUUCCACUAAGGUCCUCUACUUUACGGACCGCUCGCACACACCCUGCAUGAUCCACAUCAACAAGAGGUUGGAGAAGGUAACUCUGAGAGAUGUGAAGACAGCAGUAGACAGAGAUGACAACUACAGAUUCCACUUCAAAGCCCUCGACCCUGAGUUUGGUACCGUUAAAGAAGAGGUGUUUGAAGACGAGGCUUUGGUUCCAGGCUGGGAGGGGAAGAUAGUGGCCUGGGUGGAGGAGGACAAUGGAGAGGAGAGGACUAAAGGACCUAGCUGUUGAGGAACUAAAAGACCUAGCUGUUAAGGAACUAAAGGACCUAGCUGUUGAGGAACUAAAGGACCUAGCUGUUGAGGAACUAAAGGACCUAGCUGUUGAGGAACUAAAGGACCUAGCUGUUGAGGAACUAAAGGACCUAGCUGUUGAGGAACUAAAGGACCUAGCUGUUGAGGAACUAAAGGACCUAGCUGUUGAGGAACUAAAGGACCUAGCUGUUGAGGAACUAAAGGACCUAGCUGUUGAGGAACUAAAGGACCUAGCUGUUGAGGAACUAAAGGACCUAGCUGUUGAGGAACUAAAGGACCUAGCUGUUGAGGAACUAAAGGACCUAGCUGUUGAGGAACUAAAGGACCAAGCUGUUGAGGAACUAAAGGACCAAGCUGUUGAGGAACUAAAGGACCUAGCUGUUGAGGAACUAAAUGACCUAGCUGUUGAGGAACUAAAGGACCUAGCUGUUGAGGAACUAAAGGACCUAGCUGUUGAGGAACUAAAGGACCUAGCUGUUGAGGAACUAAAGGACCUAGCUGUUGAGGAACUAAAGGACAUACAUUGCAUUCAGAAAGUAUUCAGACCCAUUUACUUUUUACACAUUUUGUUACGUUACAGC